AUCAACGAGUUCCCCAUCACACUCAAUCCGAGCCGUCCGUGGACGCAAGCUCCUUCAUUUAAGCCCUCCGUCUCUCGGAACUCGGGUUUUUCUCGACGUUCGGCGACUGCAGCUAGGGUUUUCCAAGAUCUGGGUCUUUCUUCUCGCUGCUGAUUUAGGAGUUGCAGCAGCAAAAUGUAUACAGCGAGGAAGAAAAUCCAGAAGGAAAAGGAUGUUGAACCUACUGAAUUUGAGGAGAUAGUCGCCCAGGCCCUUUUUGACUUGGAGAACACCAAUCAGGAGCUUAAAAGUGACUUGAAGGAUCUUUACAUUAACUCAGCUAUUCAAAUUGAUGUUGCGGGGAACCGGAAGGCUGUUGUUAUCCAUGUUCCUUACAGACUCCGGAAGGCUUUCCGGAAAAUUCAUGUGAGGCUUAUCCGGGAACUGGAGAAGAAAUUCAGUGGCAAGGAUGUAAUAUUGAUUGCUACUAGAAGGAUAGUGAGGCCACCAAAAAAGGGUUCUGCAGUAGUUCGGCCCCGAAGCCGCACACUGACACAUGUGCAUGAAGCAAUGUUGGAGGACAUUGUUUAUCCAGCAGAGAUUGUUGGGAAACGUAUUCGAUAUCGUCUUGAUGGAUCUAAGAUCAUCAAGAUCUUCUUAGACCCAAAAGAGAGGAACAACACUGAGUAUAAGUUGGAGAGCUUUGCUGGAGUAUACCGCAAACUUACAGGAAAAAAUGUGGUGUUUGAGUACCCCGUUACUGAGGCAUGAAGACAUGUUGAGUAAAGCUUUUCUUAGAUUUCUUGCUUUUUGUCAAAUUUGCAACAAUAUGUGUUUUAAUUUUGAUACCGUUGCCCAAGGACAAUUUUAUUGAGAUAAGAGGGUAUGUUUGGUGGAGAUGACUAUGGGGACUUUCUAUGUUUCAAGUAGUUAUUUGUUUCUAACUGUUUUGAGUUAAAUUGGAUAGUGAAAGCUUGAUCGAAACAUUAGCUCUGAUGGUUGAUA